GCGGCAGAAAACUAGCGCGCAUGCGUGGCCUUCGCGUCCCGAGCUGAUCUCUCCGCCUCCCCGUAGGCCGGCUGGGGCGUGCUCUCCUGCCGGGGGCGGCUCCCCGAGAUCGGCCGCCUCAAUCUGUGUGUCUCCCCUCCACCCCCAACUCCGGCCGUUCGACCCUCCCCCGGCCCCGACCCUGCCUCCAGCCUGGCCCGUCUCCCCAUCUGGGAGAAGAAAGACAUCGGGGGCCUUUGGGAGGACUCUCCUUCCAGUCCUUCGCCCCACUCCCUGGCCCCGCCAGGCUUCGCUGAGGAAGAUGAAGCUGCAUACUGUCUACCAACAGUUGAAGCCACGCCCUGAGGAGCAGCUUCCCUCACCUGCUGUGUCCUGGAAACCAGGAGACAAGAAGGUCCGAUGGGUCCUGCUGAUCAUGACGCUGAUGACGAUGGGCCUGGGCGCCCUGCUCACCCAGCUGCUGCUGUGGCCCAGGCUCAGGCCCCCCUCUGAAAGGACCCAGUCACCCCCCAACGCCGUCUGUGACGAUCCCUGCCAGAUUGUGCUGGUAGAGAGCAUCCCCGAGGGCCUCAGCUUCCCCAAGGGCCCCGUGCAUCCUUCUAUCAGCCAGGCCUGGCUAGAGCUGAUGGCAGGCGCCCGGCGCAGCCUUGACAUCGCCUCUUUCUACUGGACUCUCACCAACAACGACACCCAGACCCAGGAGCCUUCCGCCCAACAGGGCGAGGAGGUUUUCAGGCAGCUGCAGAGCCUGGCCCCCAGGGGCGUGUCCGUGCGCGUGGCCGUCAGCAAGCCCAGGGGGCCCCAACCACAGGGCGACCUGCAGAGCCUUCUGAACAGUGGGGCCCAGGUACGGAUGGUGGACAUGCAGAAACUGACCCAUGGAGUCCUGCAUACCAAGUUCUGGGUGGUGGAUCAAGCCCACAUCUACAUUGGCAGUGCCAACAUGGACUGGCGCUCCCUGACCCAGGUGAAGGAGCUGGGCGUGGUGGUCUACAACUGCAGCUGCCUGGCCCAGGACCUGGCCAAAGUGUUCGAGGCCUACUGGUACCUGGGCCAGCCGGACAGCAGCAUCCCCUCCCCCUGGCCGGACAACUACACCACCCACUACAACCUGGAGACCCCCAUGGAGCUGCAGCUCAACGGAACCCCUUCCCAGGCCUUCUUCUCGAGCGCUCCCCCUUCGCUGUGCCCCGGGGGCCGCACCCCAGACCUGCGGGCCCUGCUUAGCCUGGUGAACGACGCCCGAGACUUUGUCUACGUUGCCGUCAUGAAUUACCUUCCCAUCAUGGAAUACUCCCACCCUCGAAGGUUCUGGCCAGCCAUCGAUGACGCGCUCCGGCGAGCGGCCUUCGAGCGGGGGGUCCGGGUGAGACUCCUGGUGAGCUGCUGGGGCCACUCGGAGCCCGCCUUGCGUCCCUUCCUCCUCUCCCUGGCCGCCCUCCAGGACAACCAUACCCACUACGACGUGCAGGUGCGGCUCUUCGUGGUGCCCUCCAACAAGACCCAGGCCGAGAUCCCUUACGCACGUGUCAACCACAACAAGUACAUGGUGACGGACCGAGCGGCCUACGUGGGCACGUCCAACUGGUCGGGCAACUACUUCACGCAGACGGCGGGCUCGGCCCUGGUGGUGAACGAGAGCGGGGCUCCGGGCCUCCGCACGCAGCUCGAAGCCGUCUUCCUCCGGGACUGGGGCUCCCCGUACAGCCACGAGCUGGACGGCCCGGGCCUGGCCGACGGGCACUCCUGCCGCCUGCUGUGAGCCCCCGGCCGCUCGUCGUCCUGCCCCGGCCGGCGCGCUCUCCCCCCGCGCCGCGGCCUCUGCCCGGCUCCGAGUCUGUGCUGCCUCUGUCCGUCAGUCUUUGUGGCUUCCCGUCUCUUGAGGCUUCUGUCUCGCUUGUGUGUGGAUUUCUCCGAGCUCCAUCUUUCCCCGUAUCUUUCUCCUGUGUUUCCUUCCCAUCUGUGUCUCUGCCUCAGAAACCUAGGCAGGCUGCUGGACCCCACAGGGAAGGGCGUGAGGCUGGGCAGAGCCAGGGCGGCCGGAGGCUCCCCCCCUUCCCAGCUCUCCUCCAGGCUGGGGAAUUAAGGGGCGGACGGGCCCUCCCUGCGCUGGAGGGAAGGGGAGAAAUAGGGCCUAGGAAAGGGCUGCCUGGGGGCUGCCCCCCCGCCCCCGAACUGCCGCCCUGGAGCUGCAUCUGCAGCCAGAAUAAAGUGUCGAUGAGGCAA